AUGGCACCUUCAGCUACAGAUGAUGAUACCGCUAUGGGCGGGAUCUCGGACAUCAAAGCACCACUGGGUGUUGUGUUGCCACCAAAAGAAAUCAAAGCUAUCCUCGAAAAAACAGCGGGAUAUGUUUACCGUAAUGGGCCCAGCUUCGAAGAUCGUAUCCGCGAGAAGAACCGAAGCAAUCCCAAAUUCUCCUUCCUUAGCACGAACGAUGCAUAUUAUCCGUACUAUCUAUGGCGGGUCAGUGAGAUUAAAGCUGGUAGAGGGACUGCAAUCGCCGCAGGACGAGCGGAAGAAGCAGAAGAAGAGGCCGCGAAACCGAAAGGUCCUCCUGAACCACCAGAAUUCCACUUCUCAGCACGAAUGCCAAAUAUCAGCGCCCAGGAUCUUGAAGUCGUUCGAUUGACUGCCUUGUUUAAUGCCAAAAAUGGAAGAGGGUUCUUGACAGCUCUAUCGCAAAGGGAGACAGGCAAUUAUCAGUUUGAUUUUCUACGGCCGAAUCACAGUUUACAUAAUUUCUUCCAGCGGUUAACAGAUCAGUAUGUCUCGUUAUUAAGAGUUGGCGGGGUCGAUGGCGAAGGUGGGAAAGCACAGCAGGAGAGGAUGAAGGAAUUGCAAGCUAAUGUUGAUGACAAAUUCAAUGUUUUAUCGAGGGCGAAACAACGAGCAGAGUGGUUCCAGUAUCAGGAUCAAGAGAAGCAGAAGAAGGAAGAGGAGGCAGAGAAGGAGAAGCUAUCAUACGCGCAAAUUGACUGGCAUGAUUUUGUGGUUGUGGAAACAGUCCUAUUUACAGAAGCAGAUGAUCAGACGAAUCUCCCACCACCUACGUCUCUCUCCGAAUUACAAUUCGCAUCCUUAGAUCAGAAGGCAAUGAUGUCCGUCAGUUCACAUAACAUGAGAAUUGAGGAAGCCAUGCCGGAAGACAACGAUUACUACAACUCUUACCCCCAACAACCACAACAAAUGGGUCCACCACCAGUACCCCAACCUGCCUACCAGCCACAAUAUCAAGAUACCCGUAUGCGCGGCGUCGAGGAAGACGAAGAAGAAGAACGUAUCCGUGAACGUACCGAGGCUCGAAAACGCGCUCAAGCAGCCCAAGCAGAAGCAAAGGGUGGAGCGGCCCCAAUGAAGAUCAAGGAGAAUUAUGUUCCAAGAGCAGCUGCUCGCGCAGCCAACAAACAGAACAUGGUUCUCUGUCCAAACUGCAAACAACAAAUGCCCGCUUCCGAACUAGAAGAGCACAUGAGAAUCGAACUCCUCGAUCCUCGCUGGAAAGAACAAAAAGCCAAAGCCGACUCCCGCUACGCCACCACCAACUUAUCCACGCAAGAAGUAGCUAACAACCUGAAACGCCUGGCCUCGCAGCGCUCAGAUGUGUUUGAUGGUGCGACCGGCCAGCCGGUGAGUGAAGAGGAGUUGGCGAGACGGAAGAAGGCGGCCACGGGGUAUGAUGGGAGUGCGGUUGAGAAAAGCAGGUUAGAUCUUAUGCAGAAUGUUAAUGUGGAGGAGCAGAUCAGGGCGAUUCAUCAGAAGUUUGGGGAUCGGAAGUGA